GAAACCGAUAUACAACGUACAGGCACCAUCCAGAAACACAGAUUGCCCGUCGUCGUCCAAGCCCGCGAUGGCCAACCGCCUCUUGGAUUGGUUCUCCGUCGUGAUGGCAGACUCCAAGCAUCGUCGUCAACAUCCCAAACCUAAAGGUCACUUCCCGAUCGGUUGUCAAAGCGAGGUCAGGUGGAUGUUCGGACAUUUGGACAGCGAUAGCGACGGCCGACUCUCACUCUCCGAAUUGUACGGUCUAGAACACGAUCAGAAUGAACCAUGCUUGAAACCCUUCCUAGAUGGUUGUGAUACCGACAGUGAUAUUUUUGUGAGCGGACCUGAAUGGUGCGGGUGCUUCUCUAAGGCCGAACGUCCGUGUGCCGCUGUGCGCAGACGAUCAUCCCCGGAUUCGGCACCCGCCUGCGACUCGAGAGGAUAUUACCGCAGCACCCAGUGCCACCGUGGCCUUGGCCUCUGCUGGUGCGUCGAUCCACAUGGCGUUGAAUUUGCUGGUACUAGAACGCGCGGCGCGAAGCCUGACUGCGAUACAAUUGUGAACAAGAUUAGCAGCGGUGGGCUCAAAACCAAUAGCGUGGAUCUUGAUGACGACGAGGACGGUGGUACUGAUUCCGCUCAGGAUCUCGAAGGCUCAGCUGAUCAACCUCUAGAUUUCUAGAUGCGUUAAAGACGGCGGUCAGCAACGGAAGCGCAACAUCUUUAAUCGAUUUCUAAAAAUAAGAAAUCAAGCGAGUAGUCGAUUGAAAGCGAGUCCACAAAGAUACACGCGCGUCCGCCAGCUUCGAGUUGUGAUCAGAGGUGUUCUAUGUCAUCAUCGGACCGCCUAUUAAUCCUAUCGAGGUCGCGAUCCACGCGCGACGAAACAAACGUGAGCCUAAAUGAGUUCCGAGAGCAACGAAAUGCACGACGAUCAUUAGUUACGAGAAAGUCGGAUCCGUAGCGAAUCGCGCUGCGUGAAACCGGCAGAGAUCGUUGUCGAAUUAUCGUAACUACCUUAGUCGCGUCCUUCGUCCCGAGUUAGGAAAUUCCAAUCGACAUUAAAGUAGCGAGUGUCUUGCCAUGUCGUGCAAUAAUCGCGUAUGUCCAGCGGCAAGCGAUGCCUACAGCCGAAUCUACGCAAUCGUACUAUAAUUUCGUGCAAUAUUCAAUCGAGUUCGUGUAGGAAAUGGCCGCAGAUAUGGCCGAAAGUGUGUGUAUGUUUGUGAGGUUGGUGGCGACAGAGUGAGAAAAGGGAGAAAAUUCCGCUGCGAGCCGCAUUGAACACUGACCGUUGGAUUACCUCCAUGCCUAUCGAGGUACCUCCACGCACAAUUAAAUCUAUAUAUAAAAUAAUUACGUCAAUCAUUUAUGCAUACAUUAAACAAAGAAACAGAAAAAGAGAAAGAGAAAAAGAGAUUUGUGAAAAUUCGAUUGUGAAGGUUCGAAAUAAGACAAGAUAAUUUUGUGUAUCGACCAUAAGUUAUAUUAAAUGAAAAACCACGGGAAAAAAAACCUUAUAAAAAUAUGAUUUCUAAUCACUAGAUUAACACAGUGUCGAUUGUAAUAUCGAAACAUGUAAUGUUAAUUACGAUUUAUGUGGUAAUGAUGCAGCAAUGAAUGAAAUUGAAAGAAAAGAUGUAAGAGCGGAGGAGAAAGGCGAGCGAAUGCGAAGUCAUUCUGCUACUGUCACGCUUGCACACGCUGGAACUUAGUUGAACCACUCGAAGCAAAUAGGUUUUCGUAGCUCUUGCCACUUCACUUUCGGCUGUGUUUCGCCGAACGCGAUAUAGAGAAUUUCGCCGUUAUUCCGCUUAUUUAUUACAUUCUCUCAGGCAAGCUCGAAAUAUUCUUUAAGUUAUUCUUCUUUCCUUCAUAGUCGUCUUGUGUUAUGAAGUUAGUAUAGGAUGUACGGAAUAAAAAAUGAACUUAUUUCGUAUUCGUUAAUGAAUCUAUUUCAUAUUACGCAGUUCAAUCACGAUAGGACGUCGAGCUGGUUGUUAAGAAAUGUAAGGUUGCUUAUAAAGAUAACGUCAAGUAUUAUUAAACUCUAUUAAACAUUACCAGAUUUGUGCAGAAUUACGCAGAGUCAUGCAAGUUACGCAUUACGAUUCUUUACGUCUGCAAUCGAAAUAAAAUCCAUCACGCGAGGCCGAAAGUUGUUUUUUAUGAUGCUAGAAAAUGUUCAACGUCGUGAUUCGUCUGCAUUUACUGUAAUUAUAAGCAUUUUUACUUAUAACUUUUACUUAAAGAGUGUGUGGUACACCGUAGAUAUUAGAGUAACAUAUAAUCCGUAGGAAAAAAAAA